AAAGUUUGUAGGCCGGGAUAGGUGCCCCCUGCCCUAAUGGGCCCUGGAGCGGUUAUAUCAAAGCAAAUGUCUCUUCAGCCACAUCACUGGCAUUAGUUCAUGCCUGGAUGCAUGCAAUAAAAACGUUUAAAACAUUUUAAAACCAUAAAAUCGAUACUUGAACGUUAGAAUCAAUUCUCAAAAAUGAAAGAUUAACAUCGAUUGAAUCGAUAUUUCAGCAUCGUAUCCUUGAUAGUGGACACAGGAAGGUACAACUAAGUUGCAACACAUUGGGAUAUAAAACUUUUAAUUAGAAAAUAAAUAUUACAUGAGAUUUUUUCUUAGCCAUAAAUCGUUCAGUGCCGCCAUCACUAAACAUUUGUGCAAUAAAUUGAAAACCUGUAAUUUGGUAGGACUAUCCUUUAAUUAUUCUCAAAGGUUUAUGUCUGGGGGGAAAGACAAUAAUAUGCAGUAGUCUUUGCGGACAGAUAAUAUAAAAUAUAUUGAUCCCAGAGGAAGUUUCUUCACGAAAUUUUGAACUGUGACGAGAAACGGUAUUGUUUGCCGGGCUGUCCAAUGGCGCCUGCGUAAAAUUUAGAGAUUUCGAUUGGGUGGCUUUCAUAGGCCAGUUUUAUUUAUGGGCGUGACCACGCAGUGCCGUUUCUCUUCUCUGGUUCCGCUUGCAUUUGGCUUGUGAGCCAAGAACGUAUUAGAAUUAUUUUCUUACGGUAAUGAUUAAACAUCGGUUUAGUCAUUCAGAAUGAUGUAUUUCUGGAAUUUUAAGUAACGUUAGUUUUAUUAUACUACCGCAUUUAUUUACUACAAAAAAUUAAUCAACACCCUUCUGACCAAUCAGAUUCAAGAAUUCAUCAGCGCUCUGGUAUAAAAGUUUUUAAGUGUAUUCCGUUGGUCAUUAUUUACUCACCAAGGGCGCAUGUGCAGGAAGCUUUUGCGGCUCUCCCAGACCGCUUUCAGCUUCCAGCAGAGGAAAGAUGGCCACCUUUCGCUUCGGCUCUAGCUGCUCCCCACGCGGAAUUGCCAGCGUCCCUGAGCAGCACUACGACGUGCUGGAGCACGGUGAGGAAGAUGCUGCAGACCCAAACAGGCUGCUCCAGUGUCCGUAUGAUAAGAACCACCAGAUCCGUGCCAGUCGCUUUCCCUAUCACAUCAUCAAAUGUCGUAAGAAUCACCCCAAGCUGGCCAGCGAGCUGAAAACGUGUCCCUUCAAUGCGAAGCACCUAAUAGCCCCACAUGAGUUUUCGCACCAUAUUGCCAACUGUGUGAACAAGCAGGCAGUCAAUGCUGAUAACUCUGGCAGUGCUGAAAUGCAGCGAAAGUGGCACGUUCCUGUCAGCACGUGGACAAACCCUGACAAUGGGGAGGACUGGGAGAAAGAAAGUGAAGAGAUGCCUGAAACCCCUUUUAUCUGGGGGGUGUCAAACUGUCAACCUGACAGUACGAGGCCAAUUCCAGCUCAAUCAGACAAGCCAGUGGGCCUCCGUGCUCCGAGGACUCUGCCUUGGCAGAUGUAGGCAGUUUUGUGGGCCCCCUGUUCACCUCAGAGGAGAAGCAAAGUGAUUCUUUUAAUUUUCUUUUAAAGUUUUGCUUUUUAAGCCUUUGCUUUCCAAUAAUUACAAUGCUUUUAAUUUCCCCCCCCUUUCACUUAAGCACACGUUUUGAAUUUCAUCGACACGCAUUAAAGUUUCUAUAGUAA